CAAAGUUAAAAGGAAACAAAAAAAAUAAGGAAAAACAUUGGAGAUGCAGUCCUGCUCUUGUGCUCCAUGGCACAUUUGCAAAUUCCCCAUCCCUAACCAAUUUCACAAUCAUCGUUACCUAUCUCCUCGUCUUUAUCAUCGUAAUCUACCUUCCCGGCCUUGCAAGCACCAAACCCACCUCACAAAGAUCUGCGCCCUCACUCUCCAUCCCACAAACAGUUGCAGCAAAGAACAAGAAAUAAAAAGAAACAAGAGCAAUUCACAACCCAGUCACACCCCCAGCCAGACCAAUAUUUUCUUACAUGAAUUGUACUCUUCUACUGAAAAUUUCAACCAAAGCAAGACGACCCAGGAUCCUGAAGAGAGGAAAAUCAACAGCAGUCGGGUCAUUUUCACAAACAUGUGGUGGGCGGAUUUGAAAGCAGCAUUGGGCCAAAGGUUCAAUUUUGAGGGAAUCAUUUGCUCGGCGGUCGUGCUCGCCAAAGACCGCCAUUUAGCACUGCCACACGUUGCCGUCCCUGAUAUUAGGUACAUUGAUUGGGCUGAGUUGCAUAGAAGGGGUUUCAAGGGUGUGGUGUUUGACAAGGACAACACCCUUACUAAACCUUACUCUCUAACACUUUGGGAACCUAUUGGGUCUUCUCUGCAACAGUGCAAAUCGGUGUUCGGACACGAUAUUGGCGUAUUCAGUAACUCGGCUGGGCUAUACGAGUAUGACCCAGAUGGAUCAAAAGCCAGGGUGCUCGAGGGGGCCAUUGGAAUUGAAGUAAUAAGGCAUAGGGUGAAGAAGCCUGCUGGAACAGCUGAAGAGAUUGAGAAACAUUUUGGUUGUGCAUCCUCUUUGCUUAUCAUGGUGGGUGAUCGGCCAUUCACUGACAUUGUUUUUGGGAACCGAAAUGGUUUUCUCACCAUUUUAACAGAACCAUUGAGUCUUGCGGAGGAGCCUUUUCUUGUUAAGCAGGUAAGGAAACUGGAAGCUUUUGUUGUGAACCGGUGUUAUAAGAGAGGGUUGAAGCCAACCAAUCACAGUCUACUGCCAGAUGCACAGGAGUGUGUGAAAAAUCCACCACCUCUUUAAGAGAUAUUGUGGAUAUAUACAAAUUCAAUUAUUCUUUUAUCUUCCUGCAACCCAUUUUGAGUUAUAUCAUCAUUCAGUUAUGGGAACCACAUGUAAAAAUAAUUAUUAUGGACUGGUGAUUCUCUAAUAUUGACUAAAAUCUAAGUUGACAGCUUCAAAAGGAAAGGCGAGAAGAAAGGAAAAGGAAAUCUAAGAAGAUAUGCCAUUGAUGAAUGACCCCACCCCCGUGCAAAGGUGGCUAGAAAAAUUAUGAAGAGUAAAUGCUGUUCUUUCUGGGAUUAGACUUGCAUUAAAUUUGGAUUGCUCUGUUAGCCUUCAAUUAGAAGUAGGUUUUUCCUGAUAGGGAUUGUUUUCAUUUCCUAGUAUUCUGGUUAGUUUGGUAUUCUUUUGCAUGAUCUUCACAUGGUGGGUUCUUUUGCUUUAUGAACUAGUGCUUAUUUGGAGAUGCA